AUGCCAGAGCACUAUGGUUCAGACCUGCAUUGCCGGAGUGCAUAUUCAAAAUGCUGGAGCGCUUGUUUAUACUGCCAGACAGCGGUCCUCAAUUGCCAGAGCGCUGUGAACUUAAGAGCAAAGGGGUCCACUGAUCAGAGCGAUGAUGAACGACCUAAUGACCAAAUCCUUCAUAAACUGUGGAACUCAAAGAAUCAAGCCCUAAAAGACCUUGAAGCUGGACCAGAUCUUGAACUAUCCGACCCAACCCUAGAAGAUGAGAAAAACCAAGGUCAGUUAUUUGAAGAAGUAGGGGUCAUUAAAGGUGACAUUGAAAUCCUGUAUGAUCUCCGGAAUCUCAAGGAUGCAGAUAGAGAAAUGAAAUCCCUUCAGGACCCAAACCCUCUGAAAUUUCUGAGGGAGCGAAUGGAUUUGGACGUGGUUUCAGUCUUAAAGAAGGCUAGGGCUAUCAAAGCAAGGCUUGAAUUUCUUGAUAAGUCUAAUGCUGAUAAUAGGAGGCUCUACAGUCACAAGGAAGGGAGCUUUGUUGAUAAAACUAGGGUUUCAGUUAGUAAUGGUUUGAGGAAGAAAUUGAGAGAAGUCAUGAAGGACUUUCAGUCUUUGAAAGAGAAAAUAGUUGUGGAGAACAGAGAUGGGUUGAGAAGGAAGGUUUAUGCCGAAACAGGGCUUCAAGUGAGACAGUUGGCUGAAGAGGAGGUUUCUUUCUCUAUUAUAACUUAA